UAAAUAUGGCAGCAGCACCAUCAUAUGCAGAAGUUUUGAAAAAAGAUACCGAUAUUGAUAAUAAAGAACAUGAUAAUAGUGAAACAGAAGCUAAUUCCACCUUCCACAACACCUCCGGUUAUUCUUACAAACCUAGUGCUUCUAAAGGUAUAAUAACAAUAAGCAGUGGUGGAGUAGAUGACAACUAUACAUCUAGAGGAGGAAGUGAUAAAAAAUCAAAAAAAUUAUCAAAAAAAUCAAUUAUUCUAAGCGCUACUUUAGAUAUCGCUUUAGCUGGAAUGCUGAUUGGCUGGAUUUAUAAGAAACCUACUGCUACUAAAAUUCAAAUUGGUGUUGGAUCAAUUGGCUUAUUAACACUAUAUGGCGCUCAAUGGUAA